AUGGCUGCAAGAGACUCCCACAGAGGAGCAUUGGACGACGGUCAGUCGUUCUGGAGAAGCUCAUUUCAAUCAUGGUUCCAGCUCAUGCGGAGGACUGCUCUUCAGAAUCAUGUCAAUGCUGAGACUGAUAACAACUAUGUCUGUGAUAGUAGCAACUCAACGGCUGCCGCGAUACUGGACGAAUCCAAGGUCCCUCGGAUUGCGCGAGUUAUAAGCUCUUCAAACGCGAGCUCUCUUUAUCUCAGACCGAGAGCCGCAUCCAAGGGUUUGAACCCAAUUUCACAAGAGGCCCCUAUGCCCCGAGGAAAAGCGCGAUCCCUUCAAGAUCAAAUCAGGACCCAAGUCAUUCCAAUACCAUCUUUAAACAUUGUAAGAUAUAUAGUCUCCAAUAACACCCAUCUUGUUGAAGCGGUAGCCGUAGGCCAGGUCCAUAGAGGAGCAAUUUCAGUGCCAGCGUGA